UCCAGGUUUCCUCACUCAGAAACAUAGCCACAGCCAAACUGAUCCACCCAGCUAGAGAUGGUGAGCCAAAACGAUUCACCAUCCCCUGCUGCAGAACUUAACCCUACAUCAGCUCAGAAGGUCCUAGAGGAAGAAUGGGAGGAGGAGACGGCGGCAAACCGCCACGGAACAUGGUGGUACGCCGCCUUCCACUAUGUCACUGCCAUGGUUGGUGCAGGGGUUCUCAGCUUGCCUUAUGCCAUGUCUUACUUUGGCUGGGGGCCAGGGGUGCUGGUGCUGGUUCUGUCAUGGGGGAUCACCCUCUAUACAUCGUGGCAGCUGAUACAACUGCAUGAGCAUGUGCCCGGGAAGCGGUUCAGCCGGUACCACGAGCUGGGGCAGUAUGCCUUCGGGCCGAAGCUUGGGCUGUGGGUGGUGUUGCCGCAGCAGCUGAUCGUCCAGCUGGGGUGCGACAUCGUGUACAUGGUCACCGGCGGCAAAUCCCUCGAGAAAUUUGCCGAUAUCAUCUCCUCCGGCGCCGGCACCCAGUUCAGGCAGUCCUUCUGGAUUUGCAUAUUUGGAGCAAUCCACGUCUUCCUCUCUCAGCUCCCCAAUUUCGAUUCCGUUGCUGGAGUCUCCCUUGCUGCAGCAAUCAUGUCCAUUGGCUACUCCACUAUAUCAUGGGUGGCGUGCCUGGCGAGGGGACGGCUACCGGACGUGAGCUAUGGUUAUAGGAAAGCCAGUGAGACGGAUGCCAUGUUCAGAGUGUUCAGUGCACUGGGCCAGACAUCGUUCACGUAUGCGGGGCAUGUGGUGCUGCUCGAGGUGCAGGCCACCAUCCCGUCGUCGCCGGAGAAGCCGUCGAAGGUAACCAUGUGGAGGGGCUCGGUCUUUGCCUACCUCGUCGCAGCCGCCUGCUACUUCCCCACGGCCCUCAUCGGCUACUGGGCCUUCGGCCAGGACGUGGACGACAAUGUCCUCAUCUCCCUCGGCCGGCCGGCCCUGCUGGUUGCCGCUGCAAACUUGAUGGUGGUUGUUCAUGUCAUAGGAAGCUACCAGGUUUAUGCAAUGCCUGUUUUUCACAUGAUGGAGACGCUGCUGGUGGAGAAGUUUGGUUUUGCCAAAACUGCGAGGUUGCGCCUCAUUGCUCGCACAACUUACGUUGUCUUGACUUUGCUCGUCGCCGUCACCUUCCCGUUCUUCGCGGAUCUACUGGGCUUCUUUGGGGGACUUGCGUUUGCACCAAACUCUUUCUUUCUUCCGUGCAUAAUCUGGUUGGCGAUCAAGAAGCCAAGAAGGUUCAGUCUCUCGUGGUUGGCGAACUGGGGCUGCAUCGUUCUGGGUUCGAUGGUUGCGUUCGUCUCCAUGAUGGGCGGGCUGAGGAACAUAAUAGUUGAUGCUUCCACCUAUCAUUUCUUUGGGUAGGCUGCCCCUGCUUUCCAUCUCUCAAUUAACGCAUCUCAGAAGAAGAAGACAGGGAGCUCAUGAUUGUUAAAUGCAGAAUUUGAUCAAGAGGGUAUUUCUGUCAUUUCACAAAUAAAUCUUAUUUUCUUUCCGGAAGAAUUAUCUUCCCCAUUCUUUUCUUACACACAUGGAGAGGGGCUCUAUGUGAAUCAUGUUGAACCUGAUCUACUUUUAGUAUAUGUGAGAUGAUAAAAGUAAGGCUGAGCAUGGGGCCUGGGCUACAAAGAAUUUUGUAGAGCUCAAGCUGACUUGAAGUCCUUGCAGGCUGCCUAAGCUCGGGCAACUUAGUUAUUAGA